AUGUCAACCACUCGUCGCAAUGGCCAGCUCUCUUCGUGUGAGCCAUGUCGUAAAUCCAAGUUGCGUUGCGACCACGCAACCCCCGUGUGCGGCCGCUGCGUCCGCCGCGGCAGGCAACAUCUCUGCGUCUACCAUCCAGCACCAUUAACACAACCGACUAUCCCACGCGAGAGGCGCAAGCGCCGUCCCACCACUGAAGUCAAUCUGCAUGAUGAUUUGGAUCACUGGAGCGAAAAGAAAACAUCCGUGUCCACGCCCGGGUUUUUGGGCAACACUAGCUACUCGGAUGUGUUCACGGACCAGGGCAGCGACCUGUCAAUCGGGAGUCUCUCUUCCUCCAACGACCCGGUGCCGGUGGACUCGCAGCGAAUCCAAUUAGGCGCGCGGGCGAUGCUCCUAUUGAAGUAUCUUCCCAUGUACCGGGCGAUCAUCACUGCUCGGUUCAAGGUCUGGAAAGGGUGGACCCUGGGCUGGCCGGUCACCAAUAUGGUGUUGACGACCACGGAAGAAAUGUGGGAUGCGAUUACUCGUGAAGAAACCGACGAGAGUCAGCGCGCACUUCUCUUGUCCAAACGACUCUUCGAGAAGCAUACCCGUCCGGUUGAGAUCCAUCCUUCGAUGUCAUGGGCCGAGUUUGCGUCGGCCACGACAGGGCGAUGGGAAACCAUCGGGUUGUUAUUCACCACCGUGGGUCUUUCACUUGGUUUUACCUCGAGUGAGGAUUCCAUGUUCAAGCAGAAUGGAUGGGCCGAAGCGAAGAGCGUCGCAGUCACCGCCACUGCCGUGGCCGAUCUAUGCCUGCAGUUCUGCGAUAGCGCUGGGAUCAUUAACGACCUUGUGUGUAGUCUGCUUUUACAGCAAACCUCACUUUUGACAAAUGUCUAUGGAGAAAGCGAUUAUCGUCCUUGGAGGAGGCUCGGCGAAUUGACCACCGCUGUCUUUGCGCUGGGACUACAUCAGGAAUCCACCAAUUGCCCUUUUUUCAUCCGUGAGAUGCGCAAGCGGACUAUGGUUGGGGCAUACACUGCGGACAAGAUCCUUGCGACUUUUCUGGGCCGCCCGCCACUCAUCAGCUGGCGCUACUGUGACAUCCCCAUGCCGUUGGAUCUCAGCUUUGAAGAGAUAGCCUCGGAACCAGCUGUACGGGAUACGGCGAUUGCAAACCUAUCUCCGGAUGGCUGGAACCGAGAAGGGUCUUUGAAAAAGGGUGCAUAUGCUCGGGUUGCCCUGCUCACGAGUAUCCUCCGCGAAAAAAUCCUAGGGUUGUCAUUGAGUCGCAGUACGGAUAAUCUGGCUGAGCAGAUUGAGGAAUUAUCGCAAGAAUCGCACAAGCUGUAUCAUGGGCUGCCGAGGUUCCUCCAUUGGCAUCCCGAGAGCAACUUGGUGUCGAGAGUGGAUGAUCACCUGCUAUUCGAGUUCCAUCUCGAUUUCCUAUACAAUGAUUUUCUACUGUAUAGGCUUCUUGCUAAACGCACCCAGACCCAACCCGAUGGGAUGAUCAGCACCGCGCUCGAGAUUCUCAAUGCUCUUCUCUCGAUGGUUGCCAAGGCGAACCGCUACCGAAGCCUGGGGUGGGCUAUCGCCUGGAGUUUGUGCUACGCAGGACUCCCUUCCGCCGGUGUUUUGUCUGCAGAUUUGCUCCGCCGGUCUCGAUUGCGAAUGCCUGAAUCUACAAUAUUCCCGCGAUCGGAGAUCAUCCAAAAGCUCAGCAUCUUUGCAUCGCAUCUGGACACCAUGAUCCAACCCGACGAAGGCAACCACCAAAUCGCGCAGCAGGGGCGUCGCGCUAUCCGCCAUGUCUUGGACCAGGUGCUCUCAGUGCACAGUGUGAGCGAUAUUCCGUCGGGUAGUAGUUCGGCGCUGGAGCUGGAUCCCAAGGAACUAAACUUGGUCAGCCCGGAUCUGCUUCAUAGCAUUGAUGUAGACGACCGGCGCCCAUUUUUGGACUGGCUCGAUGGGACGGAGUGCCACGAGCCGUGGCUGACCUGGAUGAAUUUUAGCUAG